ACUCUCAAAAAUUUUCCUUCCCCACCACCAUUCACCACCCACCCCACGCGCUCACCCACCCCCCUUCACCGAUCCGUUCAUCAAUUUAGCGAUCCGCCCACACCCUCCGAGGCCGUCAUCAAUUACCUCCUUUGGAUCCUCGUUUAGAUAGUCCUCUCGAAACCAAGGUUCAGAGAAUGCCCAAAAGAAUCACUCCUUCCAAUUCUCCUCGGAGAAGAAUCUUCUCCGAAUUGCCCUUCCGUGCCUCCUGAAAUCCUUGACCUGGCUCGAGAGAAGUUUUGUCUUGUACGUGCGUGCCGAGGAGAACCAGUGGGGAUUUGGAUGGAUUUGGGAGGAGAGAAGACACGUGUUGCUUGGUUUUCUAAAUGCACCAGCACUGUCUAGCAGUGGCAGCCUUUUGCUUCUCGGAUGAAAAGCUACGGGAGCGGGUGGAAAAGCCAGCUGGAAUGACUAAUAGACUUCUCGGCAUCGCGACGCAGAUCAUGGUGAUGGCGAUCGUGGUCUCCGUCGUCCUGCUCUUCGUCGGCGUCGGAAUUCUGGUGCUCAUCCACGUCUGCGUCGUCGGGAGGGCCUUCCGAGGCCUCGGCGCCGCCGCAAGACCCGACCGGAGCAGCGACGCCAGCAAUGGCCUGUCGGCCGACGAAUUGGGGAACCUGCCUUGCUAUGACUUCGAGCCUGGGGAGAAGGGGAGCGGCGCAAUUGAAUGCGCCGUGUGCUUGGAGAGCUUCAAGAGGGGAGAUAGGUGUAGGUUGUUACCCGUUUGCAAGCACAGCUUUCAUGCCCAGUGUGUGGAUUCUUGGUUGUUGAGGUCCCCAAUCUGCCCCAUGUGCCGGACCAGUGCCGAUCGCCGGAAGGGCUGCGAGGACCCGAGAGAUGGCGAGGUGGUGAUGGUGGGGAUUUCGUUCUAGGGAACUCUUGAGAGGUGGUAAAAACAUAUUCAAGUAACAAAGCAAUUGGUUGUAACAGAAAGAUUUGAGUUUGAAAAGAGAGACAGCAAGAGUCAUUGCCAUGUGCAUUUAAGGAACAUCUCCGGUCAGGAUUUAUGUCAAGGUAUAUGCUUAUCUGAUUGUUCCAUAUGGAGCAUUUUCUGAUUACAUUCUGUUGAUGUA